AUGGUGAAAAUUGAGUUUUUUGAAGUUGAUCAUGUAUUCAUUCUCAAGACCCCACGCUUCAAUUGGAUCCUAUCUCAAUCCUCGGAUAUCAAGCACAACCUUGCACAUUCGUAUUGUCUUCCGAAAUCCAUUAGCGAUGUGCAACGACAAGCCGGGAGUUCCGAAACUGGAACAGAUGUCCUUUCUCCCGUACUAUCGAAAGCGCUCGACUAUGGUCCCAUGAAAGGAUCCGAAGCUCUCCGAUCGAAUAUCUCCCAUCUUUAUUCAUCCGAAUCUUCCAGCCCUUUAUCGAUAGAGAAGAUAGUCACUACCCCUGGAGCAUCGCUAGCGAACUUCAUUGUUCUAUAUGCCUUGCUUGGGCCUGGCGAUCAUGUCAUUGUCCAGUACCCCACAUAUCAACAACUCUAUGCUGUUCCAGCAUCGAUCGGAACAGACGUCAGCUUGUGGAAAACGUCUCAAAGUGAGGAUUGGAAGUUAGAUCUUGACGAACUGGAAAAGCUCAUCAGACCGAACACCAAAAUGAUCAUAAUCAACAAUCCACAAAAUCCGACCGGUGCGAUAAUUUUCAAACAGACGCUCGAACGUAUUGUGCAAACUGCUCGGAAACAUUCUAUCACGGUCUUCAGUGACGAAGUCUAUCGUCCCUUGUUCCACUCAGUAUCACCAACCGACUCAGAAUAUCCACCAUCAAUCCUAUCUAUGGGCUAUGACAAUACCAUCGCUACCAGCUCCUUGUCAAAAGCAUAUUCAUUGGCAGGGUUGAGAGUCAUAGACCUCUGUGUCAACGUACGGUCUUAUGCCUUGAUCACUGCCAGCCAGAUCGACGAAUACCUGGCCUCCUUCGUCCUCGGCCCUCCAGUCCGGCAACUGAUCGAAGGAAACCGCAUACUGACCAAAGAAAAUCUCAACAUCGUGCAGUCAUUUAUUGACAAGAAUACUUCGUUCUGCGAAUGGACGAGGCCCGAAGGCGGACCCAUCGGCUUCAUCAGAUUUGUGAGAUCUGGUCGGCCUGUUGACGACGUGGUGCUCUGCACUCAGCUGCUAGAGAAAAGAGGCAUUCUCCUUGUUCCAGGCCGGAAAUGCUUCGGGGACGGGAUUAAUUUCUCGGGCUAUAUCCGUCUUGGAUUUGGUGGAGAUACCGACGAGCUAAUUGCGGGACUGGAGGCCCUCCAAAGCUUCCUUGACAAUGACUACAUGGAUGUGCCCUUGUCCCCAUGCGCUUAG